UCAGCUUUGAAUCUCUUUACGGUGGCCACUGUACAUUAUCAACUCAGUUGAUAUAAACCAAAAUAACCUUGUUCUACGUCAAUCAGUUCGCUUCAAGCGAUGGUUUCGGUGAAACAAUGCUAGAGUAACAUUCAAUAAGUUCGAUGUUCGCUGUCUUAGUAGUCUGUUCCAAGCUCUCAGAAAGAGGAGAGGAACAAAACUGAUGGCGGGUGUGUAUUCCCGCGACCCUUUCAGUGCUCUUUUCCAUUCAUGGAGGUUUUGGCGAAAGUUAUUCCUUUUCGUUCUUAGUUGACGGAUGCUCUGUGUCGUCUAACAAUCAUGACUACAAACUCACUUAACAAUAUAAUGACCACUUGAGUAUUUGGUCCUUUGUUUCAUAUGAUGCAGGUUUCGACUCACAUUGAAGAUGGGUGUCCAGUGACUAUAAUUUCUUGUCCAUAUGCAGAAAUAGGUUGUGAAACAAAAGUUCAACGUCGGGAAAGGGAAUGUCAUCUUCAAUCAGCCAUGAGAGUCCAUCUUGAAUACGCAAUAUUACCCUGGCCCUUCGAAAAGAAAGUGAAAUUCACUUUGAUUGAUCAGCAGGAAAAUCUAGACCAACGGGAAUACGUGGCUACUGUAUUCGUUACUCAAAAUCUUUCAAACUUUGUAAGGCCUCUGACAGAAGGAAUCGCUGGAAAGGGUUGGAGAACGUUCAAAUCACAUGAAAAACUCUACUCGAGACACUUCAACGUGGAUGACACUUUGUUUCUUCAGGUUGAGAUUAGUUCGUCAUCUAGUUGA